AUGGAGGAGUUGGCUAAGCGGCUGCAGGCCAUGGAGGCCAGGCAACAGGAGCUGGCGCAGGACUUCCAGCGGCAGCGCGGGCAGGCCGCGGAGCAAGGCCCACAGGCGGCGCAGGCCGAGCUCGCGCAGCUCCGUGCGGCGCCCGCGGCGGCGCCGCAGCAGCAGCCGCCGCUGGAGCGCCUUGGCGGCGCGACCGUGGACGCGCGGACCUUGGGGAAACCGGCGAGCUUCUCAGGUCGUCGCGAGGCGUGGCGGGGGUUCUGCUUCGUUUUCCAUGCCUUCGCCUGCGCUGCGCACGCCAACGUGGCAGAGCUUUUCAAGCGCGCGGAGGCGAUGGGAGCCCGGGUCGUGGACGGUCGCGAUCUCGACGAGGCCGCGGCCGCCUUGCAGCCGCCAGCCUACGCGUUGGCGAUGACGACGACGGACGACACUCACAUUUUGUUACACAGCGUGGAGGAGGGCGACGGCGCCGAGGCCUGGAGGCGGCUGUGCUGGGAGUACGAGCCGGACAAGCGAGCGCGCCACGCCGCAGUGUUUCAUGCACUUCUGCGCCGCGAGUUUGGCGAGGAUCCGAACGGCGACCUCGCGAAUGUGAUCGAGAGCUUCGAGCGGGGCGUCAGGCGCUGCGAGGGGCAGAGCGGGAAGGCGCUGGACCCGGACGUCAAGAUUUCAACGCUGGUGGGCGGCAUGCAGAACGUGAAGGGCAAGGAGUGCCACUACUGCGGGAAGCUCAGCCACAUCAAGCAAGACUGCAGGAAACCCAACGCCGACAUCAAGGCCGGGAAGGUGGACGCGAGCGGCCAGCCACCGCCCGGAGCAGCCGUGGGCGACCCGUUGACGAUCCACGUGAUCCAGCCUGCCGGCGCAGUUGCUGCGGUAGGCCCUGGCGGCGUUGAGCUCGCCCUGCUGGGCUCGGGGGUCGUGGCGCGCCCUGUUGACCAUGCCCCUGAUGUCCCCGCGCUGCUUCCUCGCAGGGAUCUUCGCCCCAUGGCGAGUGCCACUAGUGAGCCCAUCAUAAACUACAGUGCCAAGAAUACCACCUACGUGCUGGACAACGGGGAGGAGCUGGCCAUCGCGUGGAACGCGGCGAACGUCGACUGCCUGGCCCCAUCGGCUUCCGCCCUGCGACGCGGAGGGGCGACUGUCGUCGUCGCUCCGGAGCGCGAGACGCUCCGCGCAGCUAGUGGAGGCUGCGGCGACCUCGCCAUACAUCCGGAUGUGCCUUGGUCCAGGUUUCGGCGGGGGGACCGGGGGAUCCGCGCAGCGCGCGCCCCGGCGGCCAUCGAGGAGGCAGAGCUCCGUAGAUCCGCGAAGGUCCCCAUCGGCUUCUCGGAUCACGAGAAGGAGGAGCACUACUUGACCUGCAUCCCGUCGAGGUCGCGGCGCUGUUGCUGCGCGCGGGCUGCGGCCCCUGGCGACCCCCGCCGCCGGGCGCGCGCGCCCGCUGCCGUGCUUCUGAAGCCGACUGUGAUGAUGGAUUAUACGUUCGUGACCGACCCCCCAUCCGAUAUGAUGACGAUUUCAAACGCGUGCGACCAGGAGCUCGGGAUGGCACUGCCGCUGGUGCACGGGAAGGGCCCAGUCGAGAUCGCGAUGCACCUCGGUCACUGGAGUCGGAAGGUCAUAAUUUUGAGGGUCGACGGCGAGCCCGCCAAUAAGGCCCUGACGGAGGCGAUCCGCAUCGGGCGCGCGGACCCUUCAGUUCUGGAGAUGAAGCCCCAGCACUCCCCAAAGCCCGUGGGCGCCGUCGAGAACAUGAGCAACGAGGUGAAGAACCUGCUGAGGACGGCGGUGAUGCACCGGAGGGACGAGGCCAAGGUCGAGCUUCACACUGGCCACCCGCCGGUGCCCCGGUUCACGCAGCAUUGCGGCUGGUGCACGCGCGCGCGCGCCGCGCGCGCGGACGGCAGGGCGGCCUGCGAGAGGUUGAAGGGCUGGCCAUGCAAUGGCAAGAUUGCCUUCUUCGGGAAGUGCCUGUGGCAUCAGACCCCCGAUGCCUCGCAUCUCUCGCCCCUGGACGAGCGCUGGUCCGCGCGCGUCUGGUCGGGCACGAGCUGGAAGACGGACGAGCGCAUCAUCGCGCUGGGCAGCGAGGUGCGCCUAGCCAGAUCUGUCCGCCGCAAAGCCCAGGGCAGGCGGUGGGGCACGGAGAUGCGGAACGAGGUGCCGUGCACCCCGCGGCUUCCGCGCCUGGGCGCCCAGACCCCAGCGGCCCGGCCAAUCGCGCGGGCCUGCUUGGCCUACCUCGACAGGUCCCGCAGCCCUCGGCAGGCGGACUUCGUCCCGAAGCCCCACCGGGCCCCCCCGCGCAUGCCGGAGCCGCCCCCGAAGUCGAGAUGGCAGCCCCUGGCGGAGGCGGAAAUAGAGGCCGCGAGCAUCGCGGCGAAGCGCGAGCGGGAGGACCUGAGCUUCCAGGAGAAGGUCGAGCUCUUCGAGAGUGGCGCAGCGCUGGCGGCCUACGCGGCGACGCCAGACAUCGGCGCGCGCGACGUCAAGGACCACAAGACCGGCGAGGAUUGCGAGACCACCGCCCAAUCGCGAUGCGUGGCCAUGGAGCUCAACAUGCACGACCGGGACACGCGCGCGGCGACGCCACCGUUGAAGUUCAUCAAGUUGAUCGUCCCACGAGUUGCUUCCAUAAGACGCCCUGGUACCAACGACUGGAUCAGGGUACUCGGGUUCUACGACAUCGCCGCAGCGUUCUGGCGCGCCGGUUUGCUGCUGGGCGAGCCGAUCGCGGCGAUCCCGCCUCGGGGCGAGGAGGCCCCAGGGAUGGCGCUGCAGAUGCUGAAGGUCUUCGAGCAGUGCGGCUACCAGGUAUUAAAGACCAGCCCCCAGAUCUUCUAUGCGAGGCAAUGCGACUCUUUGGCCGGUCUGUGGGGCGAUGACAUCAUGGCCGGGGCGGGGAACGAGGGCGUCGACCACCUUGACACCAUGAUCAGCGGGCUCUGCAACAUCAAGGGGAGCCCCUGCAGCAAGCAAAUCGGCAGAGACGAUCCGGCGACUUUGGACGAGCUCGACGGCGAGGCGCAGACCAAGUAUGCAGCGACACCGGCCGAGCUUCGCGGCAUCGUCGACGGAGUGGCCAGGGGCAUCAUGGCCCAGGGGUUUUUCAGGGCGAUCGCGGAUCUGCGCGGUACCAGAGCGGCAUGGUCGGUGACCGUCGGCAGCGAUGCCACCGCCGCCAUCGACAUCAGCGCGAGGACCGGCGUCCAGGACGCCUGCGAGACCAACGUCGCCGACCCGGAGACGACGGCAUCGGGGCCGAGGAAGCACCAGGAGCUCAUGAGCUAA